CAUAACUACUUUUUCGGGAGCUUCCGUUUCGUGUCCUUGCCCCACAAUCGGCGGCAAUCGGUUAAUGCAACGCGUUUGUCGGUUUUGUGCGGUACCGGGGAAUCGGAAGAGCUCUCGAGUCGGAAGAACCGUUGCGAAACGAAAAAAGGGAGAAACACUUCUCCCAUCGGCUCGACUACGGUCGCUAACGAAGCACGUACUCGUCUUCCAGAUCGACUUGCGGCGACACUCCGCUUCCGGUGGAGAGUGGGUCCUCGUUCCGUCCCGAAAUGGUAGCGCGCUGGUUGUUUGGCAACAACCGCAACAACUCGAGACUCGGUGUGUGACCAACGCUCCAAGGCUCCAUCAAGAACGCUACGGACGCCCCAUCCCCCGUUAUCCUUGGAGCUCCGGGCGAAUCUGGGCGAAACGUGAUCCGAGGGCACAUUUCUGGGACGGUGUUGAAAGAAAACCGAUACAUCUUUCGUAGUGCACAGCCCCCACAGCGCACCAGAAAGAUGCGGUGCGGUGUUAGUGGUUUAGCAGAACGGGGAAAGAGAUAAGCGAGCGGUGAUAAGGCAGCGACGUCGACGACGACGCCGAGAACAGCGCCAGGCGCAAGCUUCGGCCGGCCGAAGCGAGACGCGACGUGCGAUACAGUGACGGCAGGACUUUCCCUUCCUCGAGUGUGUCGUUGGCGUUGGGUUCACCGGGAAAAGGUCUAGUCUGGAUAGAGAAGACGAGCCCUCUCCGGUGGGUGGUGAAUUUUCCUUUCCAACACCGAGAACACCGAGAACCGGGAACGAAGCUCGUCGUCAGCACGGUAACCGGGUAUCAGUGAGCUUUCGUCCGGCGAACAGUACGGCCACGAAGUGGAAGUGCCACCCAUAUCGGAUCCGGUCCGGGUUCCAUCGUAGCCCCAUCGGACAUCGAACGGAGUGGAGCUCGCGUUCCGUGAACAGUGUGCAAUUUGAAAUUCGGCUCCGACUGGCCAGCGAUACGUUUGAAAUUUGCACAGGUAAAAAGGUUCUGUUUUAGCCUAAACACUCCAAGUACCAGUUUACGAUUGCUCUUCUGUAUGCAUGAAAAUUUAAUUAACUAGGUGUAGAGCAGAAAAGGAGCGUCAAGCUCAGUUGUGUUCAUUGCGCCACCGUAAUUGUGUGUCACAGCGAAUCCAACAGCGAUCAUAUUUAUUUAUCCGUUUAUGUGACAUAUACAAACACACAUUCAGGCGCAUCUAUAUUUCAUCCUCACAUCCUUGAUCAAUAUCGAUUUUUUUUGUCGAUCAAUCAACAUGAAAGUUGAAAUACAAAAUCACGUCGAUCAUCUUCCGUCGAUCAGCGGCGUCACCGUUCCAUCCACUCAUGACCCUCACCUGCUGGAUGAAACAUGUCUGAUGCUUUCCAACCUGUUGGCCAAAGGCGGCCGGAUGGCGUCAAAGACCCCCAAGACCUGCGAUGGAGCAGAAAGGGAAAGCAUGGCCUUGUCGGAGAUUGACCGGGACCUUUCAAUUACAGUUAUUACUGAGGCCGAUACCGAAGAUGUUCUAGAUCUGCUGAAGCGGUUCUUUUUUAAGGACGAGCCCCUCAAUACAUACAUUCAGCUCGGUGACUGUAAGGAAUUGGAGAGCUACGCCACCAAAAGUUUGGGUGAAAAGUCGUCUUACAAAGCGGUUAACGGUAGAGGCGAAAUCGUUGGGGUAAUACUCAACGGGACCAUCAUGAAACCGCAACCAGGAGACGACCCGUCGCCGAAACUAGCAGACAAAUGUGAACAUCCCAAGUUUAAGAAAAUCAUGGCGAUGAUGGACCAUGUGGAUGAACAGUUUGAUAUCUUCGAGCUAUAUCCGGAAAUCGAUCGGUUUUUGGAUUGCAAAAUUAUCUCGGUUGACACCCGGUACCGUGGUAUGGGCAUUGCCGGUAUGUUGACCGAUCGUACGCUUGAAUAUGCAUCGCGGAACGGCAUCAAGCUGAUGCACGUCUUAUGCAGUAGUCACUACUCGGCGCGAGUGAUGGAAAAGAUGGACUUUGGUGAGGUGUACCGCAUGGAAUACGCGGACUACCGCGUGAACGGCGAGCAGGUGUUCGAUCCCGAAAAACCCCAUGUAGCGCUGAGAAUUCUCACAAAACGGUUGGAUUAGUAGUACCUUCGGUAGAGUGCCACGCUAAUCUGGUCAACGCUAGGUAAACAAAAGCCACAACCCGAUAUCUCCUCCAUGGGGCAGAGUAUUGGCAAACUAUCACCCAUUUAGUCGUGCAUAUAGUCAAUUACUCACGAAUGUCGACACUCGGGAUGCUUGUAAAGUCCAUGCGUAGCAAUGAAAGAAAUUAUACAAAAAAAAUCAUUAAUAUGGUACUAUGUGAUAACGUUUGUGUAUUAAAUGUGCAUCAUUUAAUUAUCAUCGUAAAGGGCAAUUUGGGAAGAAAACAAAAACCAAAAACGCAAUGGUGUAGGUAAUGAGACAUUGUUAGGAAUGUUGCUUCUAAAUGUCUAUUAUUACAAAUUAUAUUAAAGAUAAUUAUAAAUGCCCAUUGCUUAAACCAAUGCAAGUGGAGUAAUCAUUUGAUGAAUCCGAAAUCAUCAGUUUUAGACAAUUCAAACGUAUUAUGUUAAACAAGCUAUGUUGAAUUUUAUUCUGCUUAUAAUCAGGUAAUCGAAUCAAAUCAAUCAAAUAGUUUCUUUAAAUUAUUGUGCACAUGUCCAUAUGUAGCAUUAUGAACAUCCUCUGAAUACUCAACGCCCGUUAAAUAAAUUUAGUUAAGCUAAACAAUACUGCAGUAAUGAGCAGAACCUAGAUUGUUAUUGAAAAGCUGAAUUAGAUUAAUGAAUUAGAAUCAUCCGUAAUGCUGUAUUGAUUAAUAAGUUUCUAGUCGAAAGGCGUCAGUUAGAACCCUUUAACCCCAG